AAGAUGCACUGGUCUCCGGAGCACACCGCCCCUAUAUCUCAGUGGCCUGAGCAGCACCUCGACGUCACCUCCACCACUUCACCCCCGUCUGUCCACAAACACGAGCCCUACGCCCCAGCCGCUCGGCGCAAUUACGCUCACGCUGCAUACCCGUGGGCCAGUGAUGACAUAUCAGCCCUUACUGCUUCUUCUCUCCUCAAGCGCUAUGCGGAGAAGUACUCGGGACUGGAGCUGCCCUACGAGCGUCCGGCUUCGGGGGCCUACCCCGACCCCGGAGCUUUUCUCAAAACAGAAUCAGAACCCUGGACUCUAAGCCAGGGCAUCGAGUGCUACCCCGGGAUCGAAGCGUUGACUGGCACCAAGGUGGGCUCUGGAUCUGUGGGCAUUCCGACCACAGGAAGUGUGACUGUUGUUAGCAGUAACUUAGCCUCGGAUCCGGGCUACAGUGCUGCGGGCUCCUGCAAUGCCCCGUCAUCCCAGGACUAUCCUCCAGCCUACAACAGCACCUACUUGUCCUCAGGAUACUGCCCUCAACCUGGCACAGCACUUCCCCCUGGCCCCCUACACUCUUUGCAGGCCGCACCCACUCUCGUGCCCAGCUAUAGCUCCAGCACUCCAGUCUACAACUACCCGCCAGGCUGCUAUCCCCAAAACAGUCUCACUUCCAGUUACAGCCACCCCAGUGCCUCCUACUUACCCCCAGGAAUAAGCGCCCCUACACCUCUGGCUCCCAGACCCACAAUGGCGGGCGGCAGUUACAGCUACCCUUCGCACAGCCUUGGAGGGGGCGCCGAAGCUGGAGCACCGCUGAAACGCAAGGCCUUCGAGAUGGGAGAAGAUGGACAAGAAGGAGCUGAGGUGGAGGGAUCGCGUUAUAGAAAAUACAGCAACGGUCUUAGCAAAGGCAACGGGCACGGCAACGGCUACGACAUAAGUGGCUCCGGUUCAGAUCCGCAGCCCUACAAACCCGGCAAGCCGCUAAUGUCACCUCCUUAUCGCGGAACAGGGGACUACAGCCCCCCGACCGGCCUUGUGGUAGAGAAUGCUUCCGGGGAACACAGCUUUCCUCAUCAGAGAAUGCCUAUGAAGAUACCGGCAUCACGCACGCGUUCUGAGGACCCCCCCGGGGGCCACUAA